GAUUGGACGGCGCUCCCCGCGGCGCGGGCCCGCAGCCGGGCGCCCCGCACAGCCGGCGCCAGCGGCCGCCGCACCCAGCCGCGCCGGCGAGGACAUGGGCAGCCGCGGCGCGCCCGCCCCCCGCGCCGAUGUAAAUUAUUAAAAAGAAAAUGGCCCAACGGAACACUGCAUUUCCUUCUCUCGUCACUGAGGAAAGGCGAGUUAGAACCAUGCCCCGACACAGCCAGUCCCUGACCAUGGCACCCUACUCAUCUGUAAGCCUCGUGGAACAACUGGAAGAUAGGAUCCUCUGUCACGAGAAGACAACCGCGGCCCUUGUGGAGCACGCCUUCCGGAUUAAGGACGACAUUGUUAGCAGUUUGCAGAAAAUGCAGAACAAAGGGGGCGGCGACCGCUUGGCCAGGCUCUUCUUGGAGGAGCACAUCAGAAACAUAACUGCCAUUGUGAAGCAGCUCAAUCGGGAUAUUGAGGUACUGCAGGAGCAGAUCCGGGCCCGGGACAACAUCAGCUACGGAACGAAUUCCGCCUUAAAGACCUUGGAGAUGCGUCAGCUCUCAGGUUUGGGAGACCUGCGGGGAAGAGUGGCAAGAUGUGACGCCAGCAUAGCCAGACUCUCUGCAGAGCACAAAACAACUUACGAGGGGCUCCAGCACUUGAACAAAGAACAGCAAGCUGCCAAACUUAUCUUGGAAACAAAAAUCAAAGAUGCAGAGGGACAGAUUUCUCAGCUUUUGAACAGAGUGGACUUGUCGAUAUCAGAGCAAAGCACCAAACUGAAGAUGUCCCACAGAGACAGUAACCACCAGCUUCAACUUCUGGAUACAAAAUUUAAAGGUACGAUCGAGGAACUCAGUAAUGAGAUUUUAUCUGCACGGAAUUGGUUGCAACAGGAACAAGAACGGAUAGAGAAAGAACUUUUACAGAAAAUUGAUCAGCUUUCCUUGGUCGUUAAGGAAAACAGUGGAGCCAGCGAAAGGGACAUGGAGAAGAAGCUCAGCCAGAUGUCAGCCAGACUUGACAAAAUAGAAGAAAGUCAGAAGAAGAAUCUGGAAGUGCAGAGAACAAAACAGGAAGAAGAGAAAGUGCAUGGGCGCAUCAGCAAGCUGGAGUUACAGAUGAAUGAGGACAUGAAGGAAAUGAAAGCAGAAGUUGAUGCUGGGUUUACGGCCAUCUAUGAAAGCAUAGGAUCCCUCAGGCAAGUUCUUGAAGCCAAGAUGAAGUUGGACAAGGACCAGCUACAGAAGCAAAUCCAGCAGAUGCAGAAGCCAGAGCCCCCCAUGUGAGGGGAGCUGGGACAAGGACCUCAGAAGUGGUUUUGCUGGUGGGGCGAGAGCCAGGUGCCGCCGUGGCCAGGCGGUCACUGCCUUCAGAAGUGUUCUAUUCAUGGCGUGCAUGUGCCAAGCAAUGUGUUUUCAUGGGUCUAAAUGUUUACCUUAAGUCUCGAAAACACUUCCUUUAAAAGUAUUAAGUACAAUUUUUGCCACUCUAUUUCAUUUCUCUAAAUUCAAUGGAAUAGCCUCCCAGCCCCUAGAUUGGAAAGGCUUUUGUCCCUCUUCAUUUUAUGAAUGAAAAGACUUAACGACUUUCCUUCAAUGCUUGACGCUCUAGCCAAGACUUUACUAUUUUGAAAAAUGUCAUGGUGAUUUUUUUUAAUUAAGAAACUAAUGAAUUGUCACAGGAAUGUGUUAGCUCCUCACCCUAAAUUAAGAGAAUGUCCUGGUAGAUUAGAAUUCAACCCUUUAGUCCAUAUUUGGAUUUUAUUAAUGUUAUCUGUGCAUUUCUUACAUGGUUUCCUUCUUGUAAAUCUUCUGUCUUUUGUAGGGAUAAGGGAAUUAAUUUUUGGAGAACCACCCCCCCACACCACCAUUUAUGUAAUGAAGAUAGCUUAAAGAUUGAUAACUGCCAUAUACAUUGCAAAUUAAAAUGGAAACUUAAGACAAUUAUCUAGCUAAUACAAGGCACAAUAUCCACAUCAACCACCUACUUAUACCAGGUUUUAAUAUUGGAAACUUUUUUUCAAUUGCCUACAGCCUGUAUAGUGAUAGCCAUAUAUUUAGUAAUGGAAUGGUGGUUAAUAGUCUGUUUAUUGCACAAUUAAUUGUAAAUCAUAAUAGGAUGUGAGAAUUUUUUAGGCUUUAUGAUCUCCUCUAAAUGUUUCCAAAAUUGGCACAAAGUGCUAACUAAGGUUUAUAUAUACUUCUUGUAACUGUAUCCUGUGCCUUGGUUUUACCACGUCAAUGCACUGUAUCCUCUAAAAGUUUUACAGACAAAAUAGAAGGCAUGAUAAUACAUCAGAAUUAUGAUGUAAAAAUGGGAUCCUAUGUAAUUUUUAAAUGUUCUAAAAAUUUUAUCACUGUUAAGACAUUAGUUGUUCAGUAUUAUUAAUGAAAUAGAAAUUCAUACUUUUGUAUGGACAGAGAAUCAAAUUGAUAUUGCAUUUAUAACACUGUCAAGAAACUUUCAUUUUGAGCAGCUUUGUAGAUGAUGGGUGUUUUCUUUUCAAUCGCCAUAUUUGAUUAGUCAUUGAAAAUUGGCGCCAGUGAAAUUGUUCACCUGUGUUCGUACAAACCAAUGGUGAGACACACACUGUUCUAAACUGUGAGGGUGCCCAGGAAAAAGAAAACAAUUCUUUAAAGAAUUUUUUAAAAAAUUGUUUUUGUUUGCCAAGGACUCAGGAAAAUUAAAGUAUUUUCUAUUUUUAGGAUAAAUCAUAAAUGAAACAUGUAACUGGCUAUUACUGUUUACCCAUAUAAAAUAUGCUGCUAAAGUAAUAGUAUUUUACAACUUCAGUGGCUGGACAAAAAUUCUUUUAAAAUUUGGACCUGAGAAAUCCUAUAAGGAAUAUGUCAUCCAACACGUAGUUCCUUAACUUUGUCACAAUUCCUUGCAUCUCUAUAUAGGAAGAUGAUUUCCACUUAACAGUGAAAAAACAAAGGGGAAUGCUCUUUUGCAAUCAGAAAGUGAAUUUCUUUUUGUGACAGAGUAAGCACAUCUGGUACCGUUUUCCCUGUUGAAGCACAAGCCACAGGGCCGAGCAUUACACCCCUUCCCUCUUCCAUGGUCCCGGGAGGAGGAAGGGUCCGCACGUGGGCUGCCUGGGGAGAGGGGGCCAGGGGGCCAGCUGGCCUCAGGUGGAGGGCUGACGUAUACAGGUGACGGCUGGCUGUCCGCUGAGAUUGCUCAGGUGCUCCCGAUGCUGCUCACCUCCUGUCAGGAGCUCUGGCAGGGGUUCUCCAGCCUGGCAACGUGCUGGAAUGCCCCGGGGAACUCGCAGAGCUACUGAUGCCCGGGCUGCCCCCUCGGCCAGCAGAGCCGCAACCUCUGGGAGGUGGGACCCAGGCAUCCAUAGGCAUCCAAGGCCCUCCGGGGAUUCGGAGGCCACUGAGGCUGGAAGGCACUGAGCCCCAGUGGACUCUUAGGACCAAAGCCUAAAUGACGAUCAGCUUCCGUGUUCUUUCCUUCACCAGAAAUUUGCAAUAAAAAAAGUAAAAUUUCCAAAUCCACGUGGUGUACGAUUUUUAAAUUUGAAAGUAUUUGAGUGUGAGGCAACCUGCUGGGAACUGGAAAGUCACGGGGAGCUGCUCCGUCUGGGGUCUCCGAGGCUGCGGUGCCUUCUCACCUCUGGGCUCCUGCCAGCUGGCAGUUGCUAGGGUGUGCUGUGCACCUGUGCUGCGAUGUGUGUUCACUUGUUUCAUUGUAGCAGGAAGUACUGUUCAAUCGCCUGUUUUGCAGAUGAGAAAAGUGGGUCACCUAAAGGUUGGGCAACUUGCCCCAAAUCCUGCAGCUAAUACGUGGCAUUCAGGAUUCACACCAGGCAGCCUACUUCCACAGUCCGGGCAUCUAACCAGUACGCCACUAUCCUACCUCUAAAGAUACAUCCUUACUUCCGGCAUAACUCACUCACUAGGCCACCACCUGCAGCCCCAUCUCUAUGGGACUUUCCACCAUCAGAGCCCCUUUGCUCUUUAAUGUCCCAGUUCCAAACACCUUUGAGAGGCAUCUCAGUAGCUUCCCUUGGGUCAGAAGACCUCUGGUUUAUUGUUGGGGCCAGUUGGUGCCACAGGACUGAGUGGUCCCAGGCAUUUCAAGCCCUGUGCUUGGGCUGUCCUACGCAAUAGACUACGGUUCUGUGUCCUGGGAGAUGAGUUAUGCUGGGUGACUGCAGAGCAGAACAGAAGAACAAUUCCCUUUAAACUAUGCUUAUCUCACUUGGCUCUCAGCCUGAAAAAACCCACAAACCACUCACAACAUCCUGGAAACUCAGUGGGAACUAGAUGGGGUUCUGUCACUGUCCUCCUCUAGCUGUGUGACCUCAGGCUGUUCUCUUAACCUUUCUGAAUCUCAGUUUUCUCAUCUGCAGAAUGGAAAUUAGAAUUGUUUAAAACAGGCAGCUAGGUUAUAAUUUUUGAAACGUUGAAGUAAUUAAUACGGUAUUGGGUAUUAAGUGGUCAAAUAUGGAAUAUGGGAGAGGAGGUAUUGGUGGUGUAACAUAGCAAGUAUAUGGGUGGGGAGUGUGGUCCAUGUUUUGGCUCAAAGCAUCCCAUUACCUGCUGGGAUCAUUUAUGAUAUCCCAUAAAUGAAAGUGGUAUCCCAGCCUGAGAUACAGAAGAGCAGUAGAGCCUGGAUGGAGAGAUAAGUGGACAGGACCAGAAUGGAGACAGUCCCUGAAUGUGGGGAAGCUCUGGGCAGAUCCUCAGGCUACUCAGGCCCAUCCCUGGAGCAAGCAUGGCUUCCACAGGACUAAGCCUGGGAGAAGGAGCAUCCACUGAGGGGCCAGUUUUGAGAGGGCUGUGAUGGGUGGGAUCAGACCCAGAAGGAGGAAGCAAUGAAUAAGCAAACUUAUAUAUGUACUAUGGAAUACUAUGCAGCCAUAACAAGGGAAGAAAUUCCAACACAUGCUAAAGCAUGGAUGAAUCUUGAGGACAUUUUGUUCAGUGAAAUAAGUUACAAAAAGACAAAUGUUGUAUGAUUCCACUUGUAUGAGGUAUAUAGAAGAGUCAAAUUCAUAGAAACAGAGUAGCAUGAUAGUUGCCAAGAGCUUGGGGUUCCGUGGGGGUGGGGAGCUAGUACUGAAUGGAUACAGAGUUUCAGCUAGAGAAAAGGGAAAAGUUUUGAUGGUGGUGAUGGUUGCAAACAAUGAGAGUGUACUUAAUGCACUUAAUGUACUUAAUGACACAGAACUAUAAAUUUAAAAAUGGUUAGGGAUGCCUGGAUGGUGUAGUUGGUUAAGUGUCCAACUCUUGGUUUCGUUUCAGGUUGUGAUCUCAGGGUUGUGGGAUGGAGCCCUGUGUUGAGCUCUGUGCUCAGGGGGAGUCUGCUUAAGACUUUCUCUCCCUCUGCCCCCCCCCUCCGUGUGCUCUCUCUCUCUCUAAAAUACAUAAAUCUUAAAUGGUUAAACUAGGGGCGCCUGGUGACUCAGUCGGUUAAACAUAUGACUCUUGGUUUCGGCUUAGGUCAUGAUCUCAGGGUGGUGGGACUGAGCCCUGUGAUGGGCUCUGUACUCAGCGGGGAGUCUGCUUAGGGCUCUCUCUCCUUCUGCCCCUCCCCCAGUCUCUCUCUCUCUCUCAAAUAAAUAAGUCUUUUAAAAAAUAUAUAUGGACUUUUUACUAAUUUAACCAUUUUUAUUUAUUUUUCAUUUUUAAAAAAGAUUAUUUGAGAGAGAGAGCAAGUGAGUUGGGGGGGGGAUGGAGGGAGAGAGAGAGAGAAGCAGGCUCCCCACAGAGCAUGGAGCCUGGCACAGGGCUCCAUCCCAUGACCCUGAGAUCAUGACCUGAGCCGAAAUCAAGAGUCGGAUGCUCAACCAACUGAGCUACCUCGCUGCCCCAAAAUAUACAUGUCUUACAAACAACAGAAUAAAACAAGAGAAAUGGAUUCCUUGGCUGUCCAGUUAAGCCUUCAAAUGAGACUGCAGCCCUGGGAGCUUUACUGUACCCUCCUGAGAGAUGUUAAGUCAGAGGUACCCGACAAAGCCAUGCCCACACGUCUGACCCAAAGAAACUGUGAGAUAAUAAGUAUUUGUUAUUUUAAAUUGCUACAUUUGGGGGCAAUUUAUUAUAUGCAGCAGUAGGAAACUGAUGCACUAGCACUGGUAAUCUUUUUUUUUUUUCUUUUUAAAUAGUCUAUACAUUUAUUUGACAGAGAGAGAGAGCGCACAAGCAGGGGAGGGUCAGGCAGAGGGAGAGGGAGAUGCAGUCUCCCGGCUGAGCAGGGAGCCAGAUGCGGGGCUCGAUCCCAAGACCCUGGGAUCAUGACCUGAGCUGAAGGCAGAAGCUUAACCAACUGAGUCAUCCAGACACCCCCGGCACUGAGUAAUCUUGACAGAAUGAAAUGUGUAUUUCUUGUGCUACAAAUUACAUGUUCACACAUAUAAUCUCAUUUAAUACAUCUUCUGAGCAGGACAUGAUCUGAACUUAUACUAAAUGGCAUAUAUACCCUAUCCCAUUUAAUCUUUGUAAUUAUCCUGUUUGGUGUGUACUAUUAUUUCCAUUUUGUGGAUGGAACAGAGAGGGAGAAGUUGAAUGUUAACUAAUAUUACAGUUGACUCUUGACUAACAGAUUUGAACUGCACAGGCCCACUUACAUGUGGAUUUUUUUUAUAAAUACAGUACUGUAAAUGUAUUUUCUCUUAUGGUUUUCUUAAUAAAAUUUUCUUUUUUCUAGCUUA